UCAAUAAAUAUCAAUUGAAGAAUCUUUAGGAUAGAUACAAAACAAAACUAUUCUAAAACACAAAAUAAACUUAUUUAAAAAAAUGCUCCCCAAAUCGCUAUCAUGUGUUAUUUUAUUACGUAUUAUAUGUACACGAAGGUCCUUAUGUAACGUAGACACAUAGGUAUGCCGAUUUUAUAAAAAAACAUAAAAAAAAACCUAGAAUUGACAAAAACUCGCAAAUACAACCAACGUCCACAACACGCCCUUAGUAACACUUCAUCAGUCAACCCUACUAAGGGGUGUCAGCCCCUCGCAUCCUUCCCCUAUCUCCCUCGCACCAUCUCCCUCCCCGUCUACCCGUCUCUCUCUAAAACCCGACGGAAUAACGAAAGCCGGAAAAUCGAUUUCCCGACAUUUCCACUGUUAUCCCCGCGUGCGAGACAUCCACAUGUUUUUUAAAUAAAAACAAGUGCUUGAGAUCAUUUCGGAAGUAAAAACAGUGAAAAGUGUGUGUUAAUUUUGGAUUGAUAUAACAAGUGGUACUUAAUAUAGGAGCACUGGUUGCGGUAGGCAUGCCGGUCCCGGCGUGAGAUGGACGGCAUUCAGAUGGAGCCCGUCGGCAAGUACAAGCCGGACCGCAACGGCUCAGCCAAGGCAGCUGCCUGGCGAAACAUGGUGGAUCAAGACUUAGACGAUGUUGCGUUUCUGGCCGACACAGACAAAGCGCGCGAGGCACGUGAGCUUCGCGAGGCACCCGUCGCGGUCUGUUCACAGCGACGCGCGCUCUGCCUCGCGGCCGUGGUGCUAGGGGCUAUGUUCGCGAGCGCUCUGAUUGUUGUAUACGCGAGCCCUCAACCUGAUUGCCCUUGCCUGGGUGAAAACCCUCUGAUUCCUGGAUCACCCACGGUAGGCUCCGAUGCCAACGCCGCUGCUGCUAAUAAAGACCGCAUAGCGACAAACGGCGCCAUCUUCCCGUGGCGUGGCGCCCGCCUGCCGACGUUCCUGAUCCCGAAGCACUACAGCCUGUGGCUGCACCCCAACCUGACGACUGGCGAACUGAGAGGCGAAGUAUCAAUCGACUUCAAGGUGGACCGUGACACCACAUUCGUGGUCCUGAACGUGAGGGACAUGAACGUCACAGAGCGAGCGCUGUUCAAGAGUGGGGGCUCUUUGGGGCCCAAGGUCGCUAAAGUUUUGGAUUACCCGCCUGCUGAACAGACGUAUAUUGAGUUCAAGGAGAAACUCCGCCGAAAGUUCAACUACACGCUGAGCCUCCGCUUCAUCACGAAGCUGGAGAGGAACGACAAACAGCGCGGGUUCUUCUUGGCUGGCAACAACAGGCAUCGCUGUGCCGUGUCACGAUUCUGGUUGACGCAUGCGCGCUCCGCGUUCCCCUGCCUCGAUGAACCCCAUCUACGAGCCACCUUCCGACUCACCAUCGUCAGAGACAGAUUCCACGUAUCCUUGACGAACAUGCCAAUCGUGGCGACAGAAGAAGCUGGAUUCUAUUUAGGUCAUCGACUGCUCCAAGACGAGUUCGCGCAGUCCCCCCCGAUGCCCCCGCACAUGAUGUCGGUGGCGGUGUGCCGCCUGCAGCGCCGCGCGCAGCCGCCGCUCCCCACCGACGCGCCCGAACCCACCCCCUCUACUGACGUAGCUACGUCUAGUACGGAGACACCUGAUGAGGAGGAUUUCGUGAUGCCUCCACCGGAAAUUAGUCUCUACAGUGAUCAGCAAGUCAUCUUGGAUGAGGCUGGACCUUUACUAGAAUGGGUACAGAAAACCAUCCAACAGUAUGCCUACGAGCUAAACACGUCCUACCCCCUCCCCAAGCUUGACGUGGUUGUGGUGGAAGGGGGAGGGCUGUACUCCGAGGGGUGGGGGCUCAUCACACUGUCUCCGAGCACCCUUACUGACACGAAGACCAUAGCGCGUCUGUUGGCACAACAGUGGUUCGGCGGUUUGGUGUCGCCUCGCUGGUGGAGCGCGCAGUGGCUGAUGGAGGCGCUGACAUCCGUGCUCGGACAGAAGGCUCCACCCUUUGAAGGUGGCGCUGAACGGCAGCAAGAUUCUUUACUGCUGGAUCAUGUGCUCCCGGCUUUAAGGUUGGACUCGAGCACGUCUGUCCGCGCGGUAGCGUCCCCGCGGCUCGAGCGCGCCGACAUCGAGUCCGCUGCUGAUGAGCUGUCAUUGCACAAAGGAGCGGCGAUAGUGAGCAUGGCGAUCGAGGCCGCAGGCGAGGCCGCGGGCCGCGCCGCGCUGGCGAGGCUGCUGCGGGACCAUCGCAGCGCCAGCGCUGAUGCUAGAGACCUGUGGCGCGCGCUGCAGCGGCCGGGCGCGGGCGGCGCGCCGCCGCACGCCUGGGACGGCUGGUGCGAGAAGGCCGGCUACCCGCUGCUGGCCGCUCUCAACACGCCCCAGGGCGAUGUGCUGCUGAAGCAGGAACGUUUCGUGAUGACUGCGGAUCCGCCAGACCCUGAACCUCCUAUGAUCAACUCUCUUCUGACUCUGGACUUGCGGGCUGAUCUUGAAGAACUCUUCUAUGAACCAGAGAACUUGACGGACACGAUGGAAGACGAGAACGCCACCAGCACCACGCCCGCGCCCACCACGCGGCGCCCCGCGCCCCGCACCACCAAGCCCCCGCCGGCGCCCAAGUGGGUCAUCCCCGUCACCUUCUCCGUGGGACCCCUCGAACCGGGCAUAGAGAAUGACACGAAGAUCUUCAAGAAUAUCACUGAUAGUGUGUUGCAGAAUGGGACUUGGUACGACGUGGGCAACGAAACGAGGAUAACCCACGGCUCGCGCUGGGCGGAGAACGUCACACAUUUAAUAUGGAUGAAUGAGACUGAAAUGUUGGUACCCGACUUGGGUAGGCACAAGUGGGUCCGGUACAAUGUCGGGGCGCGAGGCCUGUAUCGAGUCGCGCCGCAGAACCCAUCCGCUGGAGAGACGGCAGAGGCGGCAGCCGCGCGUGCGUCCGCGCUGUACCUGGGCGGGGCGCCGGCGGAGCGCGCGCUGCUGCUGGACGACGCCUUCGUGCUGAGCCGCGCGCGCCGCCUGCCCGCCUCGCGCGCCGUCGCGGCUGCAGCCCGCCUGAAUAAGGAGACGCACUGGGCACCCUGGCGCGUGGUUCUCAACCACUUCUCGUGGUGGAAAGAGCUACUUCGUCUGACUUCGUCAGGCCCGCCUCUAGCCAAAAUGUUGGUCACUCUACACCCUGAUACUGUGACCAUAUACACCAGUCAAGAAAUGGAGACGCUGAAUGAGGAUCAGUUAUGGCUAAGCGGCGCGCUGCUUACAGCCGGUGUGGAGUGGGAAAACGAGAAGGUCACAAAACAGGCGGUACGUCUGUUUGAUUCCUGGCGCAACACCAACAAGACCAUACCGGAGAUAUAUCAGGAGGCGGCCUUCACAGCGGGCGUGCGAACUUAUGGUCUCAUGGGCUGGCAGACCUGCUGGAAGGCAUUAACGGCAUCUUACGCGGCCCCGCGUCCUCUGUAUAGCCACCGAGCGCUGCUGGCGGCGUUGGCGUCGCCCAAGGACGACUGGCUGUUCUACAGAUUCGCAUUCACCGCGCUGUCACCAGAGGCGCAGCGGGGCCGCGAGUGGAAGCAAUGGGUCACAGCGCUCUGCGCAGCCGCUUGCAGAUGGCGCGGCGCAGCAAGCACCUGGCGCGUCCUGCGCGCGGCGCCCGCGCCGCCGCCGCCCGCGCUGCUGGCCGCCGCGCGCUGCCUGCACCAGCCGCACGACUACUACCGGUUUAAAGAGUUAUUCGGCGAGCUGAGGGGAGCCGUGGCCGCAUUGGACACCAUCGCUUUGAACGCAGCAUGGGUAGCGGAGGCCGACUCGGACCUCCAGCGGUACUUCACUGCAGUCAAACCGUAGAUACACUCACAGCUCACUUCACUUCGAUAUUCAGUUUAAAGAACUACUUGGGGAGCUAAGGGGAACUGUGGGCGUGUAAGGUGCGUUGGACAUCCUUACUUUGAACAAAAUUUGAAAUAGAGGUGUAUCAUCGAAGUAAACUUUGUAGCAACGUAAAUUUACUGCCAUCUCUUGACACAUAAUUAAAACUUUUAGAACGCCAUUUAACUUUGAACCUUAUUACAAACCUCACCGGUAAUUGUAUGCGAUUUGCGUUAAAUUGUGGCGUUUUAGGGAUAAAUUGUAAAAAUAGCAACUGUGAGAUGUUGUUGUUGAUAAACUCACUACAGCUCGCCAAUUUCGUAAUAAGUCCCCUGUGUCAAUUUGUCUAUAUGUCGCAGGGAAAUGAUGAAAACAGAGAUUUGGCCAAAUCUCUGUUUUUAUCUGAUUAACAUUUCACAGCGACAUAUACAUGUCAUUUUGUCCGUAUUUCCCCUACUAUUCUUGAACGCCCCAGAAUUCGUUGCUCCUUUAAGCGCCUACUAUAUUCACCCUUCCCGAUUUCGCGCCCGAAAUCAGUCACGAUUUCGGGCCUGACAAUCGUUUUACGUUUCACGCAAUAUCAGCACAUCGUUAACAAUAUUUGCAGUGUAAAAAAUACUUUGUCUCUAAUUGCCAAAAAUGUUCAAUGUUUGAUAUUUUUGCAUAUGAACCAUUUUUUUACAUUUCAAAUAUUGUAAACGAUGUGGAUAUUUGGUAAAACGGAAAAAUAUUAUUUUUCGGGCCGCAAUCGGAUCUUAUAUCAGUAGGGCUAUGAUGGUCGGCUUUUUAUCAUUUGUCACCAUGCCUGUCACGUUCUAACAAGUUUGCAAGCGUGAAAGUGACGGGCAUAGUGACAAGUGAUAAAAAUGGAACCAAGCUGCCACCGCAGGCCUGAUAAAGUGUGGAUAUAAUUGGCACUUUAGCCAGUAACUAUCUUAUAUCGCAUACGAUUUGUCGGGAGGUCUGUAAAGGCCUGUAGACUACUAAACAAAUGAUAACCGACUCAACGUAUUUAAUUCAAAUUAAAAAAAGUAUCAGAACUCCCUUUAUUUAGUCGUAACGCGAUAAGCGAGAAUAACAAAUUUACAAUUUCACUAAGUAUAAAUACCUACCUAUAUGUCUAAUAUUUACGUCGAGUAUCACAUGUGGUUGGUAAAGAAGUUACAGACCAAGCUAAGUUGACAGCGAUUUUGAUAGCCCACCCUGUGCAAGUGUUAAGUAAACGUAAUGAUUUCAUAGAAGUCUGACAUUUUUUUUUUUUUUUUUUAUUAUUUAUUAACACAAAAAUUUAUACAUACAUUCUCAAGAUAAUUCCAGCGAACAAAGCCUCAUAGGGCUUAACUGCCGCUGUAAUCGCUCUUACACUCUAUAAUAUUAUAAGUAGGUUUAUUAUUUACAUUUUAAAACCAUAGAGUGUUUCAUAUUACGAAGUCGGCAAUCCUGAUUCUUAUUCUAAGGUGUUAGGAUCUCGGUUCCGCUUAUACCCGCCUUCGUGAAAUGAGAUAUUCUUAUAAGUGUGACAUACAUUUAAUUAUCUUACCUAAGAUAUGCGGCUUUCAAUAUUUGUUUACAUUUAUGUGGGUUGUUACUAAUGUUAUUAUAUGUUACUUCGGAUAAUUCGUUGAGGAUAUGUGGUAGCAAAUAUUCCCAUCGUCGUUUUCCAUAUGCAUUGGCACACUUUGGUAGGACGAAUCGAGGCAAGUAGGUAUGUAUUUAAAAUAACAUUUGCACAGUCUGGGCUGUCAAAACCGCUGUCAACUCAUCUGAGUCUGAUUCUAUGCCUUGAUUUAAUAUAUAAUAGUUAAAGGUAAAAGCUAUACUCUGUAUCUUUAGGUAUUUAAAUAAAAGUAAACAAACAAUUUGUACAUUUUCGGGUAGUUAUAACAUUUAUUGGUUAACCAACCAAAUACAAAAAUGCCUGGAUCUGUCACUGAUCACGUAAUGUGUUCAUCUACCCUCAACUGGCUAGUAAA